UGGCAAUAAGUACCAACGUUAAAACCGCACUCUCAAAAAAACUCAUACUUUCAAUCUAUAUUCUUCAGUUUUAUAACCAACUACAAUAAUGUCAAAUCACCUUCAAGGGCACUUAACUACUUGCGCAAACCCGGUUUUAACCAAAGAAGAGCAAGAAGUCGACGAGAAAACGGUGAGCUUGCAAGCGGAGAGUAUCGUCAACACCAUGGCAUUUCCAAUGGUUUUCAAAGCCGCCUUGGAGCUUGGCGUCAUUGACACAGUCGCUGCAGCAGACAACGGCGCAUGGCUCUCACCGUUUGAGAUUUCUCGUAAUCUCCCAACCAAACCAGCCAACCCGGAGGCGCCAGAGUUGCUGGACCGGAUGCUGCGUUUACUCGUCAGCCACUCUAUUUUGAAGUGCCGUGUGAUUGAAAGUAAAGAAAAUGGCCGAACCGGAAAGAUGGAGAGGGUAUAUGCAGCUGAACCAGUUUGCAAGUAUUUCUUGAAAGAUAGUGACGGUUCCGGUUCUCUCGUUUCUCUGUUUAUGUUGCUCCAGAGCGACGUAUUUUUCAAGACUUGGACAAAUCUUAAAGACGUGAUACUAGAAGGAAGAGAUGCAUUCAGCUUUGCCCAUGGCAUGCCACUUUUUGAAUACAUUAAUUCGGAUGGACAAUUUGCUAAAGUGUUUGAUCGUGCCAUGUCAGAACCUUCCACCAUGAUUAUGAAAAAGGUUCUAGAAGUUUACAGAGGAUUUGAAGAUGUUAACACUUUGGUGGAUGUUGGAGGAGGAUGUGGCACUACGUUAGGUCUAGUAACUUCCAAAUACCCUCAUAUUAAGGGUGUUAAUUUCGACUUACCUCAGGUUUUAACCAAUGCUCCGUUUUAUCCCGGAGUGGAGCAUGUCUCUGGAGACAUGUUCAUAGAAGUUCCAAAAGGAGACGCAGUCUUUAUGAAAUUGAUACUACAUGACUGGACGGACGAACAUUGCAUAAAGCUUCUAAAAAAUUGUUGGAAGAGUCUACCGGAAAAAGGGAAAGUGAUAGUUGUAGAUAUGAUAAUACCAACAGAACCAAAGAGUAGUGACCUUUUCUCUAACACUGUGUUUGGUAUGGAUAUGUUGAUGCUAACACAAUGCUCAGGUGGUAAAGAGAGAUCGUUUUCACAGUUGGAGAAUUUAGCGUAUGGUUCAGGUUUCCUUCGAUGUGAAAUUAUGUGUCUUGCCUAUUCGUAUUGUGUUAUUGAAUUCCAGAAAUAGAUUCUGAAAUUGCAAAACAAAAUAAUGGUUGGUUUGAUUUGAUGAAUGUGAAAUGACGGGAUAAAUAUCUGGUUACAUAUAUAUCUAUAUGUAAAGGAAUAAAUUGUGUGAAUUGGAGCUUAUUCUAAUGAUUUUAUUGCAUGUAAUAUAUUAUUAUGGUGUCGGCUUGCUUUUGCUCAACUUUCUUUUUAGUUUGUGAAGAUUGUUAAGUUUUCAACGAGUGUAAUGACUCGGAUUACAAUAAAAAGGUGUUUUGUCUUAUGUUUGUCACUGAUAUUGUUAUUCUUAUCCGUGACUUAAAUAUCUCAAUGUCACAUUCGUUAACAUGUAAUGAUAUUUUAUUUUGGUGUAAGAAAAUUUCUAAAAAAAAAAUUAGUUAGAAGAUUAUAAAUUGGUUCUAGGAGUUUAUAAAUUAUUAUUUAUAUCAUCAAUAAAAUAAUUAAUCUGGGUAUCUAUCACAAACUAGCUUUUUUAAUAUCUUUUUGUUUUAUCUGAAUUUAACUGUGGCUAAACAUGAUUUCUUAUGCUAAUUUUUCUGUUUAGAAAUCAUAUUCUUUUAAUUUCGAUAUAUAGAGACUACAGCCUUUUUAGUAUAUAUCAAUGGAUGGUCUAGUGGUGGACAGUUUAAUUGGUCAGUUUCAUUCUUAUAGAUUGGUUCACCGGUAGGGGUAAAAGUUUUUGGUUGGCAUAAAUGAAUUAAAACUAGAUGAGAGUGUCAUUACUAUUGAAAUGAUAUAUGUAGCCAAAAAUAUUUUUUAUUUGAUCUUUUUUUCUAUGUCCCAAUUGUGAUAGAAUAAAAAUGUGGUUCUGAAAUUAAUAAAAAAGUUCGAUGAUCUUAGACUGACUCAAUCUAUUUGUUUUCUAAGUCGGGUCUAGAAUAAGAUAUAGAAUCAUCAUUGUUUAACAAAUUAAAUCAAACAAAUUCAUUAUUUGUCCCUCGAGAUUUGAUAUGACGAUGCAGAGACAAACACAUAAAAUUUGCUUACAAAAAAAAGUAGCGUAUAGGUUGGUCCUUAAAAUGAUUCACGUGGUAGUUAUUUUUAUAAAGAAAGAACAAACACAUAAAAACUUCUUCUUCUUUUUUUGUGAAAAAGAACAAACACAUAAAAACUUGAUUCAUGGUUGUUGAAAAAAAUAGUAGACCGCGGAUCCCGUUGUUAGUUCACCUAGAAGAUUUGAUAUAAUUUUUUUUUUGCAACUAAGAUUUGAUAUAAUGAUAUGUUCAUAUAACAAUAAUAUUUUAAAAGUCCUUACAUUUAUUUCAAAUUUAAAAAUGUAAACCCAGUUUUUUUGUUAAAAUCGAAUAAUAAAAAAUAAAUUGACAUACGAACAUAAUUAUAUUUAUAUAUAGCAAAAAACAACGAACAAAUGACUAACUGUGCUUACAAAAAAAAAGUCUGACUGUGCUUACAAAAAAAAGUCUGACUUUGCUGACAAAAAAAAAAUGACUGACUGUAUGGAACUGAGAUACUCUUUUAAUUAUCAACUAGACUUUGACCCGCGCGCCCGCGCGGAUGUACUUUUCAAAUAUAUGUUGUUAUUUUUUUCAUGUCACUAUUAAUAUAUAUUAUAUGUAUCAUCAUAUAAAUAAUUGUAUUUUAUACAUAUCACUAUAUAAGCUAUAAUUAAUAGCAUUUUAUACGUACCAUCAUAUACAUAAUCACAUAUAUUAUAUUUUUAAAACUUAAUGUGAAAUAUAAAAACCAUAUUUUAAGUUAGUGUUUGAAAUUAGGUUUUUUGUAGUAUUUUUCAUAUAUAUAUUGAAAACAUUUUUUAUAAUGGUUAUUGAAAAAUAUUUUAGUAAAAAUCAAAUUUAAAAUAUAUGUAUAUAUUUGAAUUAAUUUUAAAUCAAUUUUAAAUUAUUUUUUAUAUAUUUGAAUAUGUAUAUGAAGUUUAAAUUUUGUUUUAUGAUUAUUUCAGAUAAAAGAUAUUCUUAGUUAAUUAGAUUGGACUAUUUUUGUAUAUUUUAAAACUGGCUUAGAUAGAUAGUUUCUAAUAAUAUAAUAUACUUCUAAUUUUUCUUAAUAAUAUAAGCCCUUUUUUAACAUAAUGCUAUUUAUAUUUCCUUACGACAUUAUAUUCUUUUUUUUAAAUUGAUAUCAAUGUUCCCAAACAAUUCUUAAAAAUACUUCUAUUUUAAUAAGAUAGACUAAACUUUGAUUCGUGCAUUCGCGCGAAUGUCAUUUUUAUAAAUAAAAUCUUGAAUUUAUAUAUAUUCAAAUACUAUAGAUAUAUAAUAUUUUCGUAUUACACAACUGUUUUAUGACAUGUCUACACAUAAUAUUUUAUAUAUUUAUACGUUGCUAUUUUUGAUUAAUAUAUUUCAUUUCUUUAGUUGUUUGUUUAUAUGAAUGUAUUUGUACUUUGUAAAAAUUUGGAAUAUAUAAAUUAAAAAUAAAAUAUACUAACACAUAUAUAGAAUAUAUUAUAUAUUAAUUGUUAUAAUGGUGAAGCUCUUAUUUUAAAUCCAUUUUGAUAUAUAUUAUAGUCUAAUGCACCGAAGCUCAAUUAACUUAUUAUAAGAUCAUAUUAUUAAGAUGAUUUAUAAGUAAAUGAAUAUUAUACAUUAGAAUAAGCCUAUUAACAUAAGCUUCAGUAUUAAAUGGCUAAGCUAAUUUACAAAGUACAUAAAUGGGCCUUGCCUUUAAACUAAACCCAUCUGGAAGUCUAACUAUUUCUUCUUCUUUAUCCGGGAAACACGAUGUUACCUAACCAUUCAUCUUCCCCUCGGUGUCUCUUUUAUUUUUUUGUGUCGGUGAGGCAGAGAUGUAUUUCUUCAUCUCAAUUCAUCAACCUUAAACAAUCUCCUAAUCUCAAUCGAAGACUCACCUAACGAAACGAAAAAGAUUGUCCCGUAAGUGGAUCCAUGUGAUCUCUCAACGUAAUUCAAAUCGUCAAGGAUAAUCGAUGAUUGACUUUUUAGAAGUUCUGGCGAAGAUGAAUGACUUGAUUGCAGAAGCUCUGUUUAAAUGCUAGAACACCCAAGUAUCGUGAUCUGAGGAAUCACAGAAUCUACACUGCAAGAAAUGACUUAUUUAGAGGUAUCGACAAACUGCUCUUACUGGAGUAAGAGAGGAAGAGUAGCCAGAAGUGAUCUAUACAAAAAAGCAAGACGGAAGGGAGAAGUACAAAAAUAUGAGAAUCAGUUCUACAAAAGUCAAAGUGAAGGGACAAAAAAAAACAUGGUAAGUAGUUGUUAAAUAUUGAUACCUUUCAUAAUAUGUCGUGUGAUUGCCUGCUAGUUAAAAAAAAACGAAUUUUGUUUCUUUUUAUACAAAUCAUAUAAUGAUAUUAGACCUUUUAAUGUUUUGCAUGAUACUGGAUCGUUCUGAGAACCAAGUACUUCCAGCUAUCCACCUGCAAAUGAAGACAACAACCUUGCGAACAAUAGAAACAUAACACGACCCAGAUUAACCGAGACAUAUUUGGUCUGGAAACCCGCAAGAAUAAGUUCCGUCCGGUUUUGUUUUGAGUUAUUUAAAGCGGCUCAAAUUUAAUUAGAUGGCUUAGUCAUUUUAUAAAACGACUGUGCAUAAGGUCAGUGGCAAUCAAUUGUAAUUAUUUGGGAAAAGUCUGGGUCAAGUACAAAAUGUACUUCUGUUUUAAUAGUUUAGAUGAUACACAUGACACAUCUUCUUUAUUAAAAGAGAAAAACCAUUUGAAACUAA